AAAAACGUUUCUAAUUAAUGCAAACGAGAAGAAAAGAAAAGAAAAAGACCAAAAUCAACUGAUGCUAUUGCUCAUACACUUCGAUUAGUCUACAAGGAAGAAGAGUCAGAUAAUGGAGGGUAAUGGGAUUAAUAAGGAUAUUUUCUCUCAAAAUCAUGAACCGCUUCAGGUUGAUGCAGAAGCUCUUCAUUACCAAAAUCAGAAACUCCAUCAGCAGAUAGAGAAACAAAAGCAAGAGUUGCAUGAUCUUGAAGAAAAAAUAAAAAAAUCACAAGAAAAGCAAGGUUCUUAUGAUGACAUGUUGAUUGCAGUGAAUCAACUAUGGAAUCAGCUGGUUGAUGAUUUAAUCCUUCUCGGAGCAUGCGUUGGUGGAGAUCAAAAUGCUUUACAGACCUUGGAUUGUGUUGAUAUUUCUAGAGGUUCAAUUCCAUCAGGUCCUGUGGAGGAGAUGUUUCUGUGUAGGCUCUUGCAAAAAGAUUCCAUUGAAGCUAAUGACAAUGAUGGUAUUAUAAAAUAUAUUGAAGAAGCCCUUUCUUUUCGCCAUGCGUCUACUCGGGCAUUGUUGACACGCGUGGAAGGUAGUGUUAACGCUCAAAUGGCGAAAACUGAGAGCUUAUAUCAGGCUCUAGGAGGAGUUUUAUUUCCAAAAGAUGCCAUCAGUGUGCUAUCUAAGAUUGAUGAUAUGAUGAAAGAGGAGGCUAAUAAUUUGCGUUCCGUGAUUGAUGCUCUUCAUUCAAAGCAUAAAGUAUACAUAGAACAGAUUGCAACUUAUAAAAGCAAUCAAUCGACUGAUCAAUCUGAAAUUAAACGUCUCGCAGGUGAGCUUGAUGAUACUAUGGCUGAACUUGAAGAAAGUAGAAGAAAAUUAAUUAAUCUGAAAAUGCAAAAGGAUGCUGCAUCUGGGAUUCCUAUUCUUCCUUCAGGAGCAGUAAAUGGACACUUGUCACCUGAGAAGUCUGCCGAGAGGACAAUAAGUUUGCGUGAUUUGAAGAUUUCGAUUGAGGAAACAAAGAUGCUAGCAACAAACCGUCUUUUUGAGCUUACUGAAGCACAGGACGAAAAUCUAACAUUGUCAAAACAGGUGGAGGCUCUCCAGAGUGAAUUGAAGGAUGACAAAUACAUACAUUCAUCUCGACUUUAUACUUUGUUAAAUGAUCAACUCCAACAUUGGAAUGCUGAAGUUGAGCGAUACAGAGCUAUGAUUGAUGCUUUGCAGGUUGACAGGUCUCUUGUCAUCAGAAGGGAUAAGGAGCUGAAUGCUAAAGUAGAAUCAGCAGAUGCAGCGAGGAAUGCUGUUGAGAUUGCUGAUUCCAGAACUGAAGAACUUGAGCUCCAGCUACAGAAGAGUAUUAAUGAAAAGAAUGAUCUUGAAGUUAAAAUGGAAGAAACUAUCCAGGAUUUAGGUAGAAAAGAUAUCAAAGCAGAGUUCCAUGUCAUGGCCUCAGCUUUGUCCAGGGAAAUGAAAAUGAUGGAAGUUCAGUUGAAACGAUGGCAGGAGACAGCUGAUGAAACACUUUCUCUACGUGAGAAAGCCCAAUCUUUGAAACUUUUGCUCAGUAAGAAGACAAUUGAACAAAAGAGUUUAGCAGAAAAAUGUGCUGAACAAGUGAUAGAGGUGAAGGAUCUGAAGGAAAUGAUUGAGGAGUUGCAGAAGGAGCAACAAGAGGUGCAACUUUUCUUGGACAUGUAUGGACAGGAAAGUAAUGACAACAGUGACCUGAUGGAGAUCAAAGAAUCAGAACGUAGGGCUCACGCUCAAGCUGAAGUACUGAAAAAUGCUUUGGAUGAACAUAGUUUAGAGUUGAGAGUGAAAGCUGCCUAUGAAGCUGCAGCUGCUUGUCAAUUAAGGCUGUCAGCUGCUGAAGCUGAGCUAACUGACUUGCGUGCCAAACUGGAUUCUUCAGAGAGGGAUGUUCUGGAGCUUGAAGAGGCCAUUAAAAUUAAAGAUGCUGAAGCAGAUGCUUAUAUAUCUGAAAUUGAGACCAUUGGCCAAGCAUAUGAAGACAUGCAGACGCAGCAUCAGCAUCUGUUGGAGCAAGUGGCCGAGAGGGAUGACUAUAACAUUAAGCUUGUUUCUGAAAGUGUGAAGACGAGACAAGCACAUAGUCUUUUACACUCUGAGAAACAGGCAUUGACUAAACAGCUUCAACAAAUGAAUACAUUAAUAGAGUCCUUGCGGACGAGAAUUGUUCAGGGUGAAGAGCAGGUCAAGGUUCUUCUGAGUGAAGCGAUUAAAGUUACUGAAGAAGAGAGACAUAUUAAAGUCAACCUAGAAACUGCCAAGUGGGAAUUAGCUGAUGCUGAGAAGGAGGCGAAAUGCUCUAAACUUACUCUGUCAUCUUCUGAAAAGGAAUAUGAACAACUUCUGCGGGAAAUCGACAGUGUCCAAAGUGAACUAGACAAUGAAAGAAACUCCCGGAAUCUCCUCCAGGAAGAGUUUGAGGAAUUGAAAGCUAGUGUUGAGGAGAUGAGUUCUGAAACAGGAGAGGCAGCAGUACAGAAACUUCAAGAGGAAAUCAAGUUUUGCAAGUCUAUCUUACAGUGUCUUGUAUGUCGUGAUAGGCCGAAGGAGGUUGUGAUUGUGAAGUGCUUUCAUCUGUUUUGCAAUCUUUGUAUCCAAAAGAAUUUGGAGAUUCGCCAUCGAAAGUGUCCUGCCUGUGGAACUGCAUUCGGUCAAAACGACAUUCGUUUUGUGAAAAUAUGAUCAUACCCUUGUCUUGUAGAUUAAGGCGGGGUUGACUGCAGUUUAGUUUCAUAUUUCCUAGCCAACUGCUUCGGAGACUCUGCAUAUCUGUGUUGGUAUUUAUCUAAAUAAAUUUAGAGAAUUGCUAAGGGACACCCGAUGACGGUGUGCCAUGUCAUAGCAUUUUGGGACACCAUAGGGUGUCUUGUAGCAAUGCUCAAAAAUUUAUUUUGUUUUCUUGGUUUGUGGUAAUUUUCUAGGAGAAAAAGGCUGGUGUUUUUCACAACCAAAACAUCAUUUUGCUUCCUUACUAUAAUACACAAUCAUCUAAGAGAAUUCUCUUAUAGGUGAAAUUGCCCACCUAACUUCAAAUAAAUGAACUCAGGAUUUUGUCCAA